AUGACAGCGCUCUCCGCCCCGAAAAGAGCCUGGUGGAAAGAGUCCUCGGUCUACCAAAUCUACCCUUCAUCCUUCAAAGACUCCAAUGGCGAUGGACUUGGCGACAUCCCAGGCAUCACCUCCAAACUGGACUACAUCAAAGCUCUAGGUAUCGACAUAGUCUGGGUAUGCCCUAUCUACAAAUCUCCUCAGGUUGAUAUGGGAUAUGAUAUUUCCGAUUACAGAGACAUCCAUGCUCCGUAUGGCACGCUAAAGGAUGUGGAUGAGUUGAUUGAUGGGUGUCAUAAGAGAGGCAUGAAGUUUGUGAUGGAUCUGGUGGUCAACCAUUCCAGUGAUCAGCAUAAGUGGUUCCUGGAGGCGAAGUCUUCCAAGGACAAUCCAUAUCGUGACUACUACAUGUGGAAGAAACCCAAGUAUGAUGCACAAGGGAGGAGACAGCCACCCAACAAUUGGGCCGCGGCUUGGGGAGGAAGUGCUUGGGAAUACGACGAAGCUUCAGAUGAGUAUUAUCUACAUGUUUUUGCCCCGGAGCAACCAGAUCUAAACUGGGAGAACCCUAAAGUUCGAACUGCCGUCCAUGACAUAAUGCGGUUCUGGCUGGACAAAGGUGUUGAUGGGUUCAGGAUGGAUGUCAUCAACUUCAUCAGCAAGGUCCCAGGACUUCCCGAUGCCGAAAUCACCAGACCAGAUACGGAAUUCCAGUCUGGCCACAAGUACUUUGCAUGCGGUCCCAGACUCCAUGAGUACCUGCUCGACAUGGGCAAGAUCUUGAAAGAGUACAAUGCCUUUUCUGUUGGUGAGAUGCCUGGAGUGGAUGAUCCGAAGGAUAUUCUGGAUGCAGUUGGAUUCGAUCGUGGAGAGUUGAACAUGAUCUUCCAUUUUGAGAUUGUGAACAUGGAUAUUGGCGACAAAGGCAAGUUUUCUCCUCGAAAGUGGGAGAUGUCGACAUUGAAGAGUAUUGUCAACAAAUGGCAACACUUCAUGAUCGAGAACGAUGGAUGGAACGCCCUGUAUCUCGAGAAUCACGAUCAGAGCCGAACAGUCUCGCGCUGGGGAUCGGAUUUGCCCGAGUAUAGAGCUGUUGCUGCGAAGAUGUUCGCGACUUUCCUGGCUUUGCAGAGUGGGACUGUAUUUGUAUAUCAGGGCCAGGAGCUGGGAAUGAUCAACGUGCCUCUUGAGCGAGACAUAUCGGAGUAUAGAGAUCUGGAGACGCUUAACGCUUGGAGAGACAUGAUGGCUGAAUUCCCCGAUGACGAAGAACUUCACCGCAUCACAAAGAGAGAGAUCAAUCUCAAGUCUCGAGAUAAUGCACGAACACCCAUGCAGUGGAGCGACGAACCUCACGCAGGAUUCUCAACCGCGACCCCAUGGCAGCGCGAAAAUGAAUCCUACACCAGCAUCAACGCCGCAUCUCAAGUCGGUGUCUCUAACAGUGUCUUCGAACAUUGGGCCGCAAUACUACGUCUGCGAAAGAAGCAUAAAGAAGUUUUCAUCUACGGCAACUUCCACAUGCUUGACAUGGAGAACGAUAAUGUGUUUGCUUAUACACGCUCUUUUGGGAAGGAGACUGUGUUGGUGGUGGCUAAUUUCAGGGCGGAGAACGUGCAAUGGAAACUCCCUGGGGGAGUGGAGUUGGUAAAAGAGGGUGUUCUGGUUAGUGGUUACGGGGGCGUGAUGGAAAUGGAUGGGGUACUGUCGUUGAGGCCUUUUGAGGCGUUCGCGACGUUUGUCGUGUGA